GACAACCGUGUUGCUUUGCCUUCGAUAUCACCAUGUAUGGACUUAGAACUAUCAAAAGCUCUUUUCCCAAUGCUCUGUUCAUAUCCAGCAGUUGUCGUGUUGUUCCCAGACUCACUAUUCGCAACUUGUCCUCCACCACCAUACCCAAACCACGGAGGAAUCGGUGGUUACUACCAAUAGGAUUAGCCCUUGGAUCUACCGGAGCAGCCACACUUUACUAUACCAAUGAUCACUUCAAGCAUAUAGUGCUUACAUUCGACAGAGUUGCCGUUGUAACUAUUGCCAUGGUCCGGUGUUUCCUGUUGUAUAAGCUGGUACUUUCCACUGAAUUCAGCACUCCAGAAGAACGAGAAGCUGCUUUAAGCAAGACUCAUUUGCGUAGUGCUCAGAUCACAUUACGAGCCUUGGAGAAGAACGGUGGGAUCUACAUCAAACUAGGACAGCAUAUAACUGCCUUGACUUAUUUAUUGCCUCGAGAAUGGACCGACACUAUGAUUCCAUUGCAAGAUCAAUGUCCCAGAAGUGAGUUGGGCGAAAUCGACGCCAUGUUUAAGAGCGAUCUUGGAUAUUCUAUUCUGGACUUGUUUCAAGAGUUUUCCCCUGAUCCCGUCGGUGUUGCCAGUUUGGCCCAAGUUCACAUUGCCAAAUUAAAAGACGGGCUGAGCGUGGCUGUUAAGGUUCAACAUCCUCUGCUUAAGGAGUUUGUUCCUAUUGAUGUAUACAUGACGAAAAUGGUGUUUGAUUUAAUGUACGUUGUGUUUCCAGAAUACCCCUUAACCUGGUUGGGCGACGAAAUGCAAAGUUCUAUCUUUGUCGAAUUAGACUUUGUUAAAGAGGCCGAGAAUUCUAAACUGACUGCAGAAUAUUUCCACGAUUUCAAAGGUGUAACUGCAUUAAGAAUCCCCAAGAUUAUUGAAGCCCAACCUAGAAUUUUGAUUAUGGAGUAUGUCCCCGGGGCAAGAUUGGAUAAUUUGCAAUACAUGAAGGAUAAUGGAAUAGAUACCCUGGAAGUGUCAAGUUGUUUGUCCCACAUCUUCAACAAUAUGAUAUUCACACCUGGGGUUGGAUUGCAUUGUGAUCCUCAUGGUGGUAAUCUUGCCAUUAGGAAGUUGGAACAUAAACAACCAGGAGAUAAGCACAACUUUGAAAUCAUAUUGUAUGAUCAUGGAUUAUACAGAAAUAUCCCAAUAGAGAUGAAACGAAACUAUGCUCAUUUCUGGCUUGCUGUGUUGGACAACGAUAUACCUAAAAUGAAAGAGUAUACUACCAAGUUCACUGGUAUAGAAGGAGAACAAAAGUUUAGGAUUUGGAUGAGUGCCAUCACCGGUAGAGCACCCGAAGUUGCCUUGAAUUACGAUAUUAAAACCAAGAGGUCAGUGGAUGAAAUGUCAAGCAUCCAAUCUCAGUUAAACCUGGAUCUGACUAUUAUUGAAGACUUGAUGAGUAUUUUGAGUAGUAUGCCGAGAAUUGUAUUACUUAUUCUCAAGACUAAUGAUUUGACUAGAAAUUUAGAUGAGAGUUUACAAAGUGUGUUAGGUCCAGAAAGAACAUUCUUGAUUAUGGCUAAUUAUUGUGCUAGAUGUGUUUACGAAGAAAAAGUCGAGGAAAUCGAUAACAAAUACAAAGGGGUUAGUUUGAGCAAAUGGGUUGAACAAUGCAAGAAUUGGUGGAUGUACCAAAGAAGAGUAAGCAUGUUAUUCUUGUAUGACUUUGCCUUGAUGAUAAAGAGAGUAGUAUCAUUGUAAAGCUGUGUGUAUGUAUAUAUAUUUUAACUGUAUAAAGUGCCUAUUUAUCCUCCUUCAUAUCAUUCCUUAUUUUGUCGAGCAAAUUGUUGAUUCUUGGUCCCAUUAAAGGUUGUCCUGUUCGGGUAUGUUUCGAGAACCCCGCUUUCUUCAUCUCUCUUUCUUUCUUCUUUAAUUCCAACUUCUCUCUCUUUUCCUUGACUUGCUGUAAUUUUUGCGCUCUUGCUUCUUCUUUUCUUUGCUUAGCAAGUUGAGCACGUUCGGCAAAGUUCACUGGUUUCUUCUUGGGUUCAACUUGUUGUUGUUGUUCUUGUUGGGUUUCUUGCGGAUCAGGUCGUCCUUCUUCCUUUAAUAACUUAAAAUAGUUCUUUCUGAUUCUGGCACGAUGGACAAGGGCUCGUUUUAUAUCGGCUGUUUUGGAUGCAUGUCUAUCCGUAUAUUUCUUUGAUGAUUUACGAUCUGCUGGCAUUGGAAGGGAUGUUGGGAUAUAAUCAAACGAGGAAGUGAUAGGAAGAGCUGGUUGCUUGAGAUGAGGAAUCAGAAAAAUUAAUGUCGCAAAUAAUUCAAGCAAAUACGUUUAUGCCAGCGCUACCAUAUAUCCACAGCGUUACUAAUGUAACGGCUGGAUAUAACCAGUUCUUCCUAUGGGGAUAUCAUGAGUAUAAGUCAAGUGCCUGGUAAUCUUAUGGUGGCAAUUGAUUAUGUGGAACUUAUAUACAUACCCUUACAACCAAUCUGCACACAGAAUUGUAUAUGCUUGCUCAGAUAGACUGAAACUGACAACAACUUUGAGAAAUCCAUUCCAAUUGGAAGAUACUUACCACUCAGCACUUACUACUUGUAAUACUGAUUUUAUAUCCAAUGUUCACUCUGGCAUUUAAAGAGUUAAGAAAGAAAAGUCUGUGGCAACACAUUUUUUGUUUACAUUGUUUUUUUUUUUUUAAGAGCGGGAGCGUCUCUGUGUUGCAAAACUUCUUAUACAAAGUAGACAACCUUAACAAGCAAAAUUUCCUCAUUAAAAGAACCAAUUAUGGAGGUUCCUGUUAUAAAUUCACCCAAUGCUGAAAUAUUACCUGAUGUGUCCCAACCUCAAUGGAUUUAUUACAUGGAGUUUCUUAUUGACUACAGCAAUCAUUCAAUUAUGUCUCCAGAAAAUGUAACUCAAGAUAUCAAACAGAUAAUUGGCCCACAGCGCUCACAUUUGAUCGAAUCUAUGUACCAAAAGCUUGUGAGUAUGAGUUCUUUUAUGAUCAAUAGACCAGGAUUAUUUCUGGUAAUUCAACCUAGCAACUAUUUGAUCUGCUUCAACAACACAAAUCUAAACUGGAGAAAUUAUACAGAAGCUGAAUACAACCUUGUCCAUGGUAAGAUGGUUGUUGGAACCGAGUUCGAGAUAAAUGGUAGAAAGGUAUUAAUAUAUCUGGAUCCAACAUACAUUGUGGAAGCUAUACCACGAGAAGGUCCCUCCCAACAAACUAUUGCGUAUUGGGAUUUGGAGAAUGUGGAUAAUGUGGUUGAACAUUGUUCUCAACUCAUUGGAUACACUCCAGCUAUCCAAACUCAAAUAUUAAGCUCAUGCACAAAUACAAGAAUGGCUAUUGGAACCGGGUUUUAUCACUACGUUAUGGGAGUAUAUAGGAAUAAGUUUCUGAACCAGAAUAAGAAUCACCCUGUUUUUGAAAACGAAGCAGGGUUCGGGAAUGUUGAUCUCACAAACAUCAAAGUGCCUUCAUAUCUAGGAAUGUUCUUUAACAUAUUGGUUGAGUCUCUUCACCUGAACUUAUUUCCAUCCAUGGAUGAUAGGGUCAGGUCCGAAAUAAUAUAUUUGUCAAAUUCUCCACCACAAUCAGAACAACAUUUGAGACAGCUUUUUAUGCUUUUAUUAUCUCAAAAUUGUUCGC